CAAAAGAAGGACGAGAUUAAGCACAGGGUGCUUUCCACUGUUAGUAAAUCAGUAAACUCUGAAAGGCUUGACUGAGCCCCGAGGUAGAGCAGCCUUCUUCUGAACUGCACCGUUCACUCUGCCGUCCCUGGCAGGGAGUACCAGCCCCCCUUGCUAGGGGUUAGUACAGACUUGGCGAUGGCCGUGGAUGAAGCUGGGACCGAAGCAAGUGUCUCGAUUUGAUUUUCAGCCCACCCCUGUUAUGCCACGAAGAUUUUCUACAAGCGUGUCCAGAGAGCGUUAAUGGCGGCCGGAAGUGGUUCAGACAGGUCAAAGCCGUGCUUGUACCGACCUGUGAAGGAGGCUCCCACCAGCGCCUCGUGUAGGCCUCACCAGAUCCCGGGAGCCGAGCUCCCUGAAGGGGGCUACUCUGAAGAGUUUGUUCAGGCCGUCGACAGCAAGUACAGAUGUGAGCAUUGCCAGCGGGUGCUGCGCAAUGCCAAGCAGACUGAGUGUGGGCACCGCUUCUGUGAAAGCUGCCUCAGCGCCCUUCUCAGGAUUCCCGGUCAGGUUUGCCCAGCUGAUCAACAGCUUCUGGACAACACGGAGGUGUUCAACGAUAAUUGCUGCCGGAAGGAGAUCUUGAAGUUGCUGAUUCACUGCAGGAACAGGAAGGCAGGUUGUCAACAGCAAAUGGCCCUGGGAUCUUUGGAGGCUCAUUUGAACAGCUGUCCCUUUCAGACAAUCCAAUGCUCACGUUGUCCUGAGAUGGUGCAACGGCAAGAGCUGAGUGACCACCUAAUGUUCAAGUGCAAACACCAAGCAGUGCAGUGUAGACACUGUCAGGAGGAGAUGACAGUCGCUGAACUAAAGGCACAUGAAGAGAGUGAGUGCCUCUCUUCUCUGGCCGCUUCUUCAAAACCCUGUGGGGCGCGUGGUCACAGGACUGAGCUCAAAGGUGCCAUGUCAGAGUAUCUCAAGGCUGAGGGGGGUUGCAAGUUUAGCAGCUACGGGUGUACGUUUAAGGGACCAAGUCAAAAGGCCAAAGAACACGAAACACAGUCGGUGGAGCAGCACCUGCUGCUGGUGCUGCUAAGAAACAAGGCGCUGGAGGAGAAGGUCUCCGAACUCAAGAGUGAGAUCAAAGAGAAACACAGUGUCUUACAAAAGCUGGCCGGUCAGAUUCCGAAAAUGGAGAAGGAAAUGUCUUUGACGAACCAAUCGGUGAACAGAAGUGAGAUCAAAUUGAACCAAUCGCAGAAAACAUUGGCUGUGCACACUGACAGGCUGCAUCAGGUUGAGCAGGAGCUACUGGAGAGGCGCAAAUUACAGGAAAACUUAAAACAAGAACUCCUGUCAGUCCGUUAUAACACGGGAAACCUGUCCAGUCGGCUAUCAUUCCUAGAGACUGGCCAAAGCUCCCCCUGCCUCUACAGAGGUGUCAGUAACUCAGAGUUGGUCGAACAGCAAGUUACCCAACACGAUAACCUGUUGAGUGUCCACGAGGUGCGACUUGCUGAGAUUGAUCUCCGCUUUCAGCUGCUGGAGACGGCCAGUUAUAACGGGCGCCUGAUCUGGAAAAUCCGGGACUAUGCCCAGCGGAAGCAGGAGGCGGUAUCUGGGAAGACCCUGUCCCUGUACAGCCAGCCGUUCUACAGCAGCUCCUUCGGCUACAAGAUGUGUGCCAGGGUCUACCUGAACGGCGAUGGCAUGGGCAAGGGCACCCACCUGUCGCUGUUCUUCGUGGUGAUGCGCGGUGAGUACGACCCCCUGCUGCCCUGGCCCUUCAAGCAGAAGGUGACCCUCACUCUCCUGGACCAGGGCCUGGCUAAGGCCCACGUGUCAGAUACCUUCAAACCCGACCCCAACAGCUCCAGCUUCCGCAGGCCUCAGAGUGAGAUGAACGUGGCGUCCGGCUGCCCGCUGUUUGUGACUCAGACCGUGCUCGAGAACGAGAUGCACCACUACAUCAAGGACGACACCAUCUUCAUCAAGGUGACCGUGGACGUGUCGGAUUUCCUGGAGCUCUGAACCCCCUGGGUCUCUCUCGCUCGGCCUGCUCCCAAUUGUGCAAUAGCCCCAGGGUCAAGGGCAGUAGAUCCCUUCAGGAACCUGCUGUUAACAGAGAAAGAUCAGCCUGUGAUCUGGGGCCA